AUGAGCGACUAUCCAACUUCUGAUACUCCUGUCAAGAGAGCUGGUCUGAGAGAGAUAUGCGAGGUCAAUGGCCGUCACUUCCGUAGAAAGCUGGGCACUCAGCAAUGGCUUGAAUACCAACCCGACAAUACCCCAUCACCAGCCAGCCAGUCCCAGUCCCAGCCUCUUGAUCUCUCGCUGGUUCACCACAGACAGGGCGAGGGCGAACCUUUACAUUGGGCUCUACUUGUUGCCCGCGAAAACCAGCCGGGCAUGGUAUAUCAGGUCAAGGGAGAUGCAGAAUACAUGACGUACACGCCUUCGGACCUCCCGAUUGACAUAACUAUUUCUGAGUCUUUCUUGACUAUGUACCAUUUGGCUGUUGUGACUACGGAACAGGCCGCGGUGGUGAAAGAGGUCGCCGAGAACGAAAUCCCUCCUCAGGCGCCAAACCGGCAAUCAGUGACGGAGAACUGCCAAGGUUGGACCGUUCGAGUUGUUGCAAGAUUGGUUGAGAAGGGCGUUGUAUCAAAUGCAAAGCUUCAGAUGGCUGAAUCAAUGAUGCAACCAGUUUGA